UAAUUAAAGGAGUGUUUUCUGCGCAAGUUUGGAGGCUGUGCCUGAGUUAACUAACGGCAGUCUCACUCAGAACUACUCCCAGGAAUUCCUCACCCUGAAAAUUAUUGUGCAAAACUUUUGAGACUUGUUUUGAAGUGGAAAACUUUGAAAGCAGGGAGGGAGGAAAGGACGGAGAUUUAUUUUGUCUGCAUUUCUCUUGAGUGCCACUUUUUAUUCAGCCCUAACACUAGCAAAGACCUUGUUAUUCCUGUGUUUAAAAAUGUUCAGUUGGAUGAAGAAACACGAGAAGAAGAAGGAGGAGGUGAUUGAGAAAGCUCACACAGUGACUGAGGGGCUGAAGGACCUGUACAAAACAAAGCUUCUGCCUCUGGAGAACUUCUACAAGUUUCACGACUUCCACACCCCCUCCCUGGAAGAUGCAGAUUUCGACAAUAAACCCAUGAUCCUGGUGGUGGGACAGUAUUCCACCGGGAAGACCACUUUCAUCCAAUACUUACUGGAGGAGGAUUUCCCUGGGAGUAGAGUGGGACCCGAACCGACCACUGACUCCUUCAUCGCUGUGAUGCACGGGGACACAGAGGGUGUGAUCCCUGGGAACGCCUUAAUGGUCGAUGCCAACAAACCUUUCCGCAAACUGACCCCUUUUGGAAACUCCUUUCUCAACAGAUUGACCUGUGCCCAGCUGCCGAACAGAGUCCUGGAGAGUAUCAGCAUCAUCGACACCCCCGGCAUUCUGUCAGGAACCAAGCAGAAGGUGACCCGAGGUUACGACCUUGCUGCUGUACUGCAGUGGUUCGCUCAGCGAGUGGAUCGCAUCAUCCUCCUGUUCGAUGCCCACAAGCUGGAGAUCUCGGAUGAAUUCUCGGAAGCGAUCCGGGCGCUGAAGGGGAACGAGGACAAGAUCCGAGUGGUGCUGAACAAAGCCGACCAGGUGGACACCCAGCAGCUGAUGCGGGUCUACGGGGCCCUGAUGUGGUCUCUCGGGAAAGUCAUCAACACGCCCGAGGUCAUGAGGGUCUACAUCGGCUCCUUCUGGUCCGAGCCCCUCCUCAUCUCCGAGAACCGGAAGCUCUUUGAGCUGGAGGAGCAGGAUCUGUUCCUGGAUCUGCAGAACCUGCCUCGGAACGCUGCCCUGCGGAAGCUGAAUGACCUGGUGAAGAGAGCCCGGCUCGUGAGGGUCCAUGCCUAUAUCAUGAGCUACCUGAAGAAGGAAAUGCGUGGAGUCCUCAGGAAGGAGAACAAGAAGAAGCAGCUGAUCGCCAAUCUGCCAGAGAUCUUCAGGAACAUCCAGUUGGAGCACCACAUCUCAGCAGGAGAUUUCCCAGACUUUGAAAGGAUGCAGGAGCAGCUCCGGGUCCAUGACUUCUCCAAGUUCCCUUCCCUCAAGCCCAAGAUGAUGGAUGAGCUGGAUCAUAUGCUCACCUACGAUGUCGCUAAGCUGAUGCCUUUGGUGAGACAGGAGGAGUUGGAGAUGCCGGAACAGCUGGUCCAUGGUGGUGCGUUUGACGGGACCUCCAAUGGGCCAUUUGUUGAAGGCAUUGUGGAUGGAACCUGUGAGGGAGCGGACAACGAUGAUGAAUGGGUUGUCACAAAGGAUAAGCCAAAGUACGACGAAAUUUUCUACAAUCUGUCACCGAUGGAUGGCAAGAUCAAUGGGAUGAAGGCCAAGAAUUGGAUGAUCACGACCAAGCUGCCCAACUCCGUCCUCGGGAGGAUCUGGAAACUUUCCGAUGUCGAUCAGGAUGGAAUGCUGGAUGAUGAAGAAUUUGCCUUGGCUAAUCAUCUCAUUGAGGUUAAGCUGGAUGGCCAUGGGCUUCCCACCGAGUUACCUGGUUACCUGGUCCCUCCAUCAAAGAGGCGGCAGGUGGGAUCCGCUGAGUAACAGGCAAGGAAGAAGGGCAAUUCUUCCUCGGGGCCAACGGAUUCAGUUCGGAGUUUGACAAUUCCAUUGAUUGCAGCAGACUAUGUUCUGGAGACAGGAGGGACUGUUGGGCUGAAUGGAAAUGGAGGGUGGGGGAGGGUUGGAUUGUGUAAAGGAGAUUCCUUAGCUACUGUUAAACCAAACCAAUAAGGAAAGUUAUUUCAUUUGGCUGAUCAGUGGAUUGGUCCUCCUUUGAAUUAUUCAAGAGUAGUGCUAAUCCCAACUGUCUCCAGGGUCAUAGACUCAAACCUUGCCUUUUGUAAAAUUGGGCUCUGUUGCUUUAAAGCCUUUACCAUCUGGGUUAUAAUAUAUCAUGGUUCAAACCCAGUAUUUCAGGGACUGAAACUGUCCUUUCUUCACGAUAUAACUGUCACUCGCACAUUGUUCUGGCUGCUUCUCAUAAAAGUUAUUGCAUCGAGCUUCUGUAGUAUUUUCACAAAAUGUCUGUGACACCAAAGAAAUCUUCCUGGUCCAAUUGCCUCAGAAAUCACAGUAAUUAUUCAGAAAGCACUUUAACACCUAUUUUACUGUGCACAUCAGGUCUGUGAUGCCUCACAGCUCUCCUCAGCAAAGAACAAUAGCAGACUAAAUGUAUUCACCCAUCACCAUGUCGAGUAGGCUCCAGGUAAUUUAGCUCCCCAACCCAACCCAGACAAGAAUCACUCUCGCUCAUUGUUCCUGUGGCUAGAGCAUGGUUCCAGGACCAUGAUUUGGUCUGAAGAUCAAAAUUAGUUAUUUAACAACUUGUCUAUUCCUCUCACUUGAAUACUUGAGUGCGCUCACCCCUUUCCAAAGCUCAGGAACAUGACCUCUCCGGCAUGGAAUAAUCACAGCCCCUCUAUCACUAAGAAACACACAUCUGCCAACUUGGAAUGUCUCCCUCAAAUGGAAGAUGCAGGCCAUGUUGAUGUUUAUAAAGUGUUAUGGAAAUAUUAUUGUUUAAAACUGCUUAUACACAGUUGUAUCGAUGUUCUGAGUUAACAUUGACUCUGGUGCUCUGGAUACAGGGUUCACCUUACAUGUCAGUGUGUAGUAACUCCUGUUGCACUUCCAACCUCUUAUCCCUGAACUACCAAAGAACACAUUCAGUAAACCUGCUGCUCACAUAGGUUGGCAGAAGUGACAUUUGCAGCUUAUACUCCCAUGAACUAACAACCCAGCUCUAUCUGCUCACCCUGUAUUUCACUUGUAUCGUGUUUGCUGUUGGCUGACAUUCCCUCACCUCCGUUAAUUUUACAAUUCAUAAACAAAGCUAAUUCAAAGAAAACAGAUCAAGUCAGAGAACACGACAGGUCAACCCAGGCCUGUAACAGAGCAGAGAAUUGAGAAUUAAACACUAUGUCAGGCCCCAUUAAACACAUGCUGAAAAUGUGUUGCUGAAAAAGCGCAGCAGGUCAGGCAGCAUCCAA